AUUCUGUGCAGCUCGUCGUGCGCUCCCUCGUGGACUUCCUUGGUCACUGUGUUCAGUUUCAGUAGAACACCGAAGCGUCCAGAGGCUGAAUGGGAGUGUUGGAUGCUCCGUCCGUUCUCCUGGCACCUGUUGCUGGCUUAUGACUGUUCCACUGCGGUCUACAGAGGAUUUACCGACCGCAUCAGCAUCAUCCCCCCCCCCCUUCUCGCAUCAGGACCAUGUCGGAGGACCAAACUGAUACUAACUCCAGUGGCUACUAUUUUGACAAUACUUCAACUAGGGUCCAGAGCAGCUUCGUUUUUUCUGGACCUGUGUUUGUCAUUUUGAUGGUGAUGAUGGUGACUUUGGUUGUUGUGAUAGUUUUGGGUAACGCGUUGGUUAUUUUAGCCUUUAAAGUGGAUAAGAGUUUAAGAAGACAGUGCAAUUAUUACUUCCUGAAUCUGGCUAUAUCAGAUUUUCUUGUUGGGGCUUUCUGCAUCCCAGUCUACAUCCCCUACAUCCUCACAGGCAGAUGGACUCUUGGCCGAGGAUUGUGUAAGCUGUGGCUGGUCAUGGACUACUUGCUUUGCUCUGCCUCCGUCUUCAGCAUCGUCCUCAUCAGCUACGACCGCUUCCUGUCAGUCACUAGAGCAGUGAGUUACCGUGCCAGACAGAGCAAGACUCAUGAAGCUAUAAUCAAGAUGAUUGCUGUCUGGGUGCUAGCCUUUGUCCUGUAUGGUCCGGCCAUCAUAUUCUGGGAGCUGGUAGUGGGCAGGAGUCGCGUGCCGAAGGAUGAGUGCUUUGCUGAGUUCUAUUACUCUUGGUACUUCCUGCUGAGUGCCUCCAUGCUGGAGUUUUUCUCUCCUUUCAUCUCAGUGGCUUUCUUCAAUCUCAGCAUUUACCUCAACAUACGCAGAAGGAGGCUCCACAGCAGGGAUGCACAGCUCCACCUUCAGCUGAACGAACCUGCCUCUGCCCAGGGGGAAGGUAUCCCCUUGCCUCACAACUCUGGGAGUGGGAUGAAACUGGCUGUAAGAGGCUCUAUACACUCUCAAACCUCCUCUCCUAGUUUGGGUAAACUAGAUCCCUCAACCAGCAGGGUUGCCCAGCCUAGCCGUCUGUCCAGGGAUAAGAAAAUUGCUAAGUCCCUGGCGAUCAUAGUGUGUGUGUUUGCCAUCUGCUGGGCACCGUACACCCUACUGAUGAUCAUCCGUGCUGCCUGCAGAGGGCGGUGCAUCCAGCAUCACUGGUACGAGGUCACCUUCUGGCUCCUGUGGCUCAACUCUGCUAUUAACCCGUUCCUGUACCCUCUGUGCCACAGUACCUUCCGCAGGGCCUUUAGCAAGAUCCUGUGCCCAAAGCGACACACUACUCCCCCAUCAUCUGUGCUCCGUGCUGGCCAGUGACAAGCGGAUGCCCAUGGAGCGAUGGGAGUGAACACUGUGCCAAAUCAGUGGAUGGAAGUAUUCAAAAUAUGACCCGUAAAUUCCACAGUUUGAGCAGUUGAAUAUGAACCUAGAAGUAGACCGUAAUUACUAGUUCUCAUUUGUGGAUUUCAGUGUUUGAAUGUUUAAGGUUAGUUUUGAAUAGUAAAUGUGGUUUAAUGUCACUUCAUUGUGUUCACAUCUAAAGGGCAUAGGCACACAAAUAACUCUUUAAAAACAGAGUCUAUAAAGAAAGCUUUUAUAAUAAUUGAUAGAAUAAAACAUUAAGACAUGUUUACCAGUGCCCUUUUGCCUUUUGUGUGGGAGAAGAAAAGAAAAAGGAUUAUGGUAUUUACAGCAGAACAUAAUAAACCAUUGUGUUUUUUUGUACUUUAUCAGAUCCUUAUAUUGCAGAAAAUCCAAAUUUGCAGAAAGAUCCAAAUUAAGUGCCAAACAGAUUACACAGCAAUUACUUGGUUAUGUUCUCCAGUUGUUUAUGCUACUCAAUGUAUAUCUUGGAAUUAUAUUUUAUAUUAUAGGUUUCUAUAAAUGCGUUGCCCACACUGUGACUUGCUGCAGCUGAUGUAUUACAAGAUCACUAUCACCCUCUGCUGUUGGAAAGCUUAUUACAUUUAUAUUUCACAAGCACAGUGAUGAAAGGCUAAGUGCAAUUAU